UUUCAUGUCGCCACCUCGCCACAUUUUGAAGCUCAGCCUGGAGGAGCAGCGCCAGUUCGUUGACUCCUUCGACCUUGUGAUCAGCGACUGCGAUGGGGUCGUAUGGCUCCUGGUGGGCUGGAUCCCGAACACCGGACCCGCCGUUAACGCUCUAAAGGCGGCUGGCAAGCAGGUUAAGUUCGUGUCCAACAACAGCUUCCGUUCCGAAGAGGGCUACAUGGAGAAGUUCCGGCACAUAGGCGCCCGGGAUGUUCAGGAGGACGACAUCGUGCACCCGGUGAAGACCAUCGUCAGGUACCUGCAGAAGCACAAGCCGGGAGAGAGGGUCUUCUCCCUCAUGUCCCUGGAGGCCAACGAGACGUUGCGUAAGCACAACAUUGAGUUUGAGUCGCUGCAAGUCAAGGAGCACCUGACCGCCGCCUCGCUCGUCGAUCACCUGGCCAUCGAGAAGCCCGUGGGAGCAGUGCUCUUCGACAUCCACCUGGACCUGUCGUACGUGGAGCUCGCCAAGGCCAUAAGGCAUCUGCAGGAGAACGAGAGCUGCCAGCUAAUAGCCGGGGGCAGCGACGUCAUCAUGCCUCUGGCCGAGAACCUCAACGUGGCCGGAUUCUUUGACUUUCUGGAGCACGUGAAGCGCUACACCCGGCGGGAGGCUACCUUCUUGGGCAAGCCGUCGCCCGUUUUGGGCGAGAUGUUCGGCGAGAUGUUUGAAAUCCGGGACCCGGCGCGUUGCAUUUUCAUCGGCGACACCCUGGUGCAAGACGUGCAGUUCGGGAAGGCCUGCGGCUUCCAGUCCCUGCUGGUGCUCAGCGGUUGCCUGACCAAGGAGGACAUGCUAAGCGCCCCAGAGGAAGCCCAGCCGGACUACUACGCGGACAGCCUGGCGGAUUUUACUCAGCUCCUCGAAAACAUAAAAAAAUAGACUCGAGACUCUGUCACGCGAAUAUGAAAUGAAAAUAGCUACCUGAAAGCAACUAUAAACGCAUAAGGUGCAAGUUAAGUUAUUCCUACAGCUAAACCAAUCCAUCGCAUGAUGACUUGUUAUUGCUGCUAAGCAAAACUAAAUACUGUUCAAUAUUUAUAAACAAAACUCUGUUUGUUAACAAUGUUGAUUGGUCACUCAGGCAUUUACUUUUGAACGAAUAAAAGCAUGUUUACAAGUGUUUA